AUGUUGGAGUCUCUCUUGAAUCUGCUCCGGUACACGGCACUUUAUGCGGACCGUGGUCGUGUAGCCAUCAUAACUCUGAUCGACGCGCUAACAUCACUGAGACAUCACGUGGGUCGAGGCUGGGGCUGGUGGGAUGAUCUUUAUUAUGUCCAAACUGGCCUACCUGCAACGCCUGAAGGUUUCUCCUGCGAAAGGCUUAUGUUGCGAGACAAUCCCAAGCGGCUUCUUGUGUAUCUGAAGCAAGGCUGGACAGCUUUUCAGAAGCAGCUAGAUGUGAUCAACGGCAACGAUGGAGUGGAGACUGAUGCCAUGGUGGGUGACAUAAUCUGUGUCUUCCAAGAUGCAAUGUGCAUAGCCACAGUUCUGAGUCCCAAGAGCCCUCCGAACAAAUAUGAACGGGUCUCUGAGCUGGAUACAAUGGACUAA